AUGAGAGAUGAUAGUCUGGAGGAAGGAGAUUACGAGAACUCUGACUCUGCUGGGAACAACUUCAAGGUUGUCGUCCGUGUAAGGCCCCCGCUCCCCCGUGAGCUGAAUGGAGACAAACGUUUCCAAAACAUCUUCCGGAUAGCCGAGGAUAAACGUAUCACCGUCUCAGAGAACCUCUCCGCCCUCGACGAUCCUCGUGCAGAAGACUUGUCCUCUGGGAACUUCAGCACUUACACGUUCACGUUCGACCAUGUUUACUCGGAAGACAGCAACCAGGCUGAUGUGUACAACAACACUGCAAGGGACGCCGUCCUGUCGAGCUUGCAGGGUUACAACGCCUCGAUCAUCGCCUAUGGACAGACAGGGACGGGAAAGACGUACACGAUGGAAGGAGAGCAGGCGCCGAAGCUGCGCGGCAUCAUUCCGCGAGCAACAGAAGAGAUCUUCGACUUCAUUGAGAACGCGGUGUCGGAGAGAAAGAAGUUUCUAGUUCGAGCGUCCUACCUGCAGAUCUACAACGAGGUCAUCUCCGACCUUCUGAAGCCUGAGAGAACCAGCUUGCAGAUCCGAGAGGACAAGAGGAGAGGAGUGUUCGUGGAGGGGCUCUCAGAGUGGGUCGUGCGAUCACCCAAGGAGGUUUCUGGGCUGAUGCAGCGAGGGGCCAUGACCCGCGCCACAGCGAACACGAAGAUGAACGAGAUCUCCUCGCGGUCUCACGCCGUCUUCAUCAUCAUCGCCGAACAGCUCGAGUACCUUGACGAGGACUCUAGCAACGGAGAGGACCGCCGAGGGCAGACCUUCAAAGUCGGCAAGCUCAACCUCGUCGACCUUGCAGGGUCCGAGCGCGUCCGGCUGACGGGCGCAACAGGGCGGAGGUUGGAGGAGAGCAAGAAGAUUAAUCAGUCGCUGUCAGCCCUGGGGAAUGUGAUCGCAGCGCUGACGGACUCGAAGGGGAGGCAGCACAUCCCCUACCGUGACUCGAAGCUGACCAGGAUCCUGGAGGACAGCCUGGGGGGGAACUGCCGGACUACCAUGAUGGCGAUGAUAUCCCCUGCUCUAGAGUCUUUCCCCGAGUCUCUCUCGACGCUCAAGUUCGCUAACCGAGCGAAGAACAUCAAGAACCAGGCGAUGGUCAACGAGGACCUCGACCAGCGGGGCCUGCUGAGAAAGUACGAGCUCGAGAUCCGCAAGCUGAGAAACGCGCUCGAGAGCAAGUCGAAGGAGAUUAUCGACAAGAGAAAGAUUCUGCAGCUGGAGGAGCUCAGGAGGAGGGCGGAGGCUGACAAGGUCGCGGCUCUGAGCGCCCUGGAGGAGCGAUCGCGCGAGUUCAUGCGAGAGAAGCAGGAGAAGAGGAAGUUGGAGCUUCGCCUUCACAACAUGAGCAGCCAGCUGCUCAUAGGAGGAGGCGAGAAGAGCAUGGAGAAAGAUGUGGAGAGCACCGUGGCGUUUCGAACAGCGUUGCGCAACGAGCACGAGAGAAUCCACUCCGAGUACGUGAAGAAGUUGGAGGACCUGGAGAGGGAGCGGCAAGUGCUGGAGGAGGACAAGUCGCAGGUGGAUCGGUACAAGCAGCUGCUGAUCAAGCAGCGAGACAUCAUGAUCGCCCUGACCUCGAGGCUCAACGAGCGCGACGACACGAUCAUGCGGCUGCAGGAGGAGCUGGACGCGUACGACAGGCACCAGCGAGACCUGGAAGACGAGCUGGACAGGAAGACAGCUGGGCUGAUCCACCUGCAGAGGAUCGCGAUGGAGCAGGCAGGCAGCUCAGAGACGAAAGCGAAGAUCAUGCAGGUGCUCUCAGAGUUCGAGUACGGAAGAGACUCGCCAGAGACUUCGGAUGGGAACGUGUUCUCUGCCUCCGACGACCGAACCUCUCACGCCUGGACGGAGGAGGGGAGGAGCGAGCAGCGCAGUGCUCCUAUGGACGAGAUUCCUCCAGCGCUGCAGGCAAAGAUCGACCGGAUCAUCCAGGAGGAGAUCGAAGAGAGGAUCGACAACCUGAGGAGGGAGCACGAGCAGAUGAAUGGGACGGGAGCAGACGCGAAACUGCAGGAGCAGGCGAAGAGUCUGCAGGAGGCCAACGAUAGACUGAGUCAUCACUGCCGGUCACUGGAGGCGAGGAUCCGGGAGAUGGAGGCGCGAGACGUGAGCGGCACGAGCAAGAGCCUCGGGACAAGCACGAGGGAGGCUGAGCUGCUGAGGGAGCAGGAGGAGCUGCGAUCGCAACACUUGAAGUUCAAGCAGGAGGUGACCGUAAGGAUCAGUCAGAAGAACAAAGUGAUCAAAGACCUGGAGGAGGAGUUGGCCGCCUUGAAGCAGCAGCCCAGCUCUGCAGACUCAAGCUUACCGUGGAAGAAUGCCUACAAUGACGAGCAGCGAUCAAGAAUAGCGAUGGAGAAGGAACUAACAGAGGAGAAGAAAAGAUCAGCAGAGCAGCAACACAAGAUUGGCGUUCUCAAGCACUACUGCUCCAUGAACCAGAAGGAGAGGAACGCUCUUCGCACCAUCAUGGAAGUGAAGAUCAAGGGCCUGGUUGAUAUCAUCAAGGGAGCAGCGCAGGAGGCGGCUCCUGAUGCCUCCAUGCUGCAUGACCGACUGCAUGCCCUGCAGAAGAUCGUUAACGCGAGCGUGAAUGCGAUGCGCACAGAAGACCAGAACGGCGACAGCAACAAGCAGGCUUAGAGCAGCUGACCUCCAGCUGGGCUGAUUAGAGCUAAGCUAGGCGAUGAAGGG